GGCACGCCGACCAACGCACGCUAUUUUGUCCUGGACUACUGGUAGAUACAGGCAAGACCAUCUUCAUGUCAGUUGUGAUCAAUGAGGUCCAAGAGAAUUUGCAAUAAGCUGGGGUUAAUGUGGUUUUUUUUUUUUUUUUUUUCUAUUGUAAUUUCAGGGAGAAGGAUAAGGAGACGCUCUAUGAAGCGAGUUUUGAUUCAGGUACACGGCUCACUCUGGAAAUAUUCAGACUGCCCUAGACUGCUAUAUUGGAGUUCUCACGGUCUUUCAUUGUUAUUAAUGCAAUGGAUGAGGGCGAACUUCCAGGCGACUCUCGGAAGAAGUUUCUCAUAGAGCUGUUCGAACUUCAGAAGGAGCAUGAGUUCGAUCUGUUUUGCGAUGUCCAGGGGCAAUUCAGAUAUCGCGGGACUGUUUAGCGGGAGAUCGACUCUCGAGAUUCGUGCCCACA